UUGGUUCCUUUGAUAUUUUCAAUUUAGUACGUUUCUGGUACAUAAUUAGUAUUGUCUAUACAGUGAGCUACGCACCUCAAAAAAUAUGUAUGUAUUUGCAUUAUGUUAACCAUGAAUAUUGAUAAUGCAAAAAACAACGUAUACCAUAUAAUAUAUACCAGACCCUAUGACCUUUGACGUUUGACCCUAGUUCCCCGUCUGGCGCCCCUCACCUUGACCUCACCCGGUCAUGGUAGCAGACAGACGGAGAGAGAACGAGGAUGCUGAACAUCGCUUGACAUCGCCAGUGUGUUCCUUGCGUGGUGACCGAACGCAUGGUAUCGGAGCGGAGCAGCAUGUAUCCAGCGUACAACGGCACGGGUAACCUGACCCUCCGUGAGGCGUUUCGACACUUCAUGGCCAGAGUGGGACACAGAAACCUGAGUGAUGACGGCGACUACUCCUAUGAUGAUUACCUCACCAACCUUCACAACAAAACUCGGGAAUACAUCGAGAGUCGAGGUCAUCAGAUUGACGACGACCGGGAACUCCUCCGGAAGCACAUGUUUGUCGUAGCUAUCAUCAUAUGUGUCUUCACUGUUGUCUUCAAUCUCGUUCUUCUUCUAGUCAUUCUGACAAGUCGCAGUCUUCGGACGAAACCCCUUUUCUGGAAUAUCAUCAGUCUGACCAUUUCGGAUCUGGUGGUCGGGUUGUUCGUGCUGCCCGUUAGACUGGAGUACACGGAUGCAAUGACGUGGAACCAUGGCAUCGCUAUUUGCAAAGUCUGGUCAGUCUUGGAUAUAAGUCAUUUCAGCCUUUCGGCUAUGGUCCUGGUCAGCAUAUGCUCCGAGAGGAUUUUGGCCAAAAUGGAGACUAUAACCUCGAUCGGGACCCAGACCGUAAAGAUGUUGUCAGUGGUGGUGACGGUAUUUCCUUGGGCAUUUCUCCUGUGUGUGUGUCUACCCGUGCUGAUUGUUGGAGAAGAGAACAUCCGCUACGAGAAAAUGAUACACUUUGGUAGUGUGUGUAACUACGUUUUGGAAUCCUCUUUCUUUAUCCCGUCAGUAACAGUCAUGUACAUUCUUCCUUCCAGUGUACUUAUCCUUGUUGUUGUUGCCAUGAUGUGCGUCUACGUCAUCAAAGGCACUGCCUGGGAACGCCUCAACUCGAAUACCACAGAAUCGGAGAGAAGGAGUUUGCGCAUGUCUACGGUUGCUUCCUUGGUGGUUGGUAUGGUUACCAUUAUAUUUUGGUUUCCAUACAUAGUCCUGCUGUUUGUAUACGUGACAUGUCGAGAUUACACAUGUCUUCCCAGCCAAGUGACCUCAGCUAUAAUAUUUAUGGUAUCUAUCAGUACGUCAGCUGUGACGCCGUUCCUGUGGCUACUCAUUGUCGAAGUCAGGGAAACGCUUGUUUCAGAAAUGAAUCCAAUCUUGCAUAAGAUACAUACGAGAUUAGGAUUCCGAAAAACACCAGUUGAACGGGAACACAGCACGGAGCUCUUGGUAGACAAUGACUUGUAACUUCAGUAACACGCUCUAAAUGUUGUUAACUUAACGGUAAAUGUUCUCUCUGAACAGGAGCAAUCAAUGUCACUCUAACAAAGUUGACCUCUUAGGUUUCAGAUGUUAUGGAUUUGCCUUUUUGACAUGAAUGACUACAAAAUCAAUGCAAUUUAAUGAACGUGUGAUAGCGUGAAUGUACAGAGGAGGACACAGAGCACCAUAUAAACAAACGGAGAAUUCUGCUUACAGCGCGGCAUGGAGAACGCCAUUGCCACAAAUCGCGCGGCAUGGAAAACUGUAAUGCCACACAUUGCGCGGUAAGGAGAACAGUAGUGUCCGAUAUAGUCAGCGUAGCCGACGGACAGUAAGCACAUAGAAACAAUUAUAAUAAAUCAACAAGAGCGAUAUUGUGUUGAUGACAUUUCUAACCUUAAAAUCAUUCAAUUUGAUAUAAUUGGGUUAUCCUGCUUUGAGCGUCUGUUCGCCAAGCAUUGUGUUGGCCUCCAAAACUGCAAUAUGUUGGUGUCUAAUGAAUGAGCGUGUUGAGUUGUUGUUACGAAGGUUUAGUCAAAACGUUAUGAUGAAAUUCGAUCAAUGCAAUUUCAAUAUGUGUUUAUUUACUUCUUGACAGUCUGCAUUACUUCUUCAGCGAUCGUGUUAGAGACGUAUCAGUUCAAAACCACACAAAGGCAAAACAGUUUCAGUACAACUAAUUGUUUUUAAAAGUGGAGUAUGGGAUAUGUUCCUUUUGAAUCUCAAAUCAUAUCAUGUGCAUAAUCAAUAUUACAUGUACAUAAAACGUGAUCUUAUCUUUUAGGUGAUUUGAAUAUUACCCGAUUCCAUUGGGAACAAAUACCGGUAUGGUAUCGUUUCAUUGAAUUUAUGUUGAUGACCCCUGUUUUAUGUUGAUGACCCCUGUUUUAUGUUGAUGACCCGUGUUUUAGAUGUUAUCGAAGGAGGUCUGUGUACUGCUUUAUUGGCAACUGCACUGACAACCUUUGAAACUUUAUAUUUAAAACAUUGAAAGUACCAAGGUGUCUAGAAAGAGUAGCUUGAAGUGCUUCAUAUUUGCGAGAUAUAAUUGUCAGACUCGGUGUUUACACCAAACUUAAGAAAGCUGUGGAUUUGUCCCCAAAAAGGCUUGUAUUUAAAAUAUCAAUGUUCACUGUUAUUGGUGGAGGUUUCUAACGACCUUAGAUAAUAAAUGGUUGCAAACGUUAAUUAACACGGUUCAAUAAAAUGGAAAUUUAUCCGGAUUAUAAAGCAAACCACUUUUAAUAUAAUUUGAUAAACGGCUUAUAAACUGUAAAUAAUACCGGUGAAGUACAAUUCAGACAUAUCGUUUAUAUUGUUUAUAAUAUCUGUGUUUUUACAUCAUAUUUCGUACUGUUUUGGAAAUCAUCAACAAAAAAUGUCGACCAGCCUUACAUCAUAAAAAAUGAUAUUCAAAAAAGUAAUGAUCUUUGAUAUUCUUUGCGUUAAACUACAGUGUAGUUUGGAAAUUGCAACAAUGUGAUAUGACAAAACAUACAAUAUGAGACCAAGUCCAAAUUUGUGAUACCGAUUUAUUUCAUAUUCAGAAAAUCAUUUCGACAGUAUCGUGACAAGAUUCAUAACAAGUAAUACUGACAAAUUCUUAAAUGGAAACAUUAAAACCAGAACCGACACGACAAGGGACCAAUCUUCCGUUCGGAAGAGACAGGUUGCUGGGUAAAACGGGUUCGAUGCAAGUUUGAGAGUCCCGCGGCUUUUUUAACUGUAUGAGGCCUUAAAGUAGCGAGACCCACCAUACAGGCAUGAAGAUAGCGAGUUCUACCCAUUUGCUUCUAUGAGUAGGCCUUCAGGUAGAGAUACGCACCACCUGUCUACCUUUACUGCUUUGCUUCUUUAAAUGAGCCUUAAGGUAAAGAGACCCACAACUUGCCUACUGCAUACAGGCUUUAUGGUAGCGAGUCCCGCCACUUUUCUACUUUAUACAGGACUUUAGGUAGCGGAUUAUACCGCGUUGCUUCUGUAAAUGGACCCUAAGUUAGAUAGCUCACUACGUUUACAUUAUAUCAGAAUUAUACCCCUCUGGAUGACGUUUACAGUUAAAACAUUUAGCAAACGUAUUGACCGGCAGCGCAGUAGAAUGAGGGCCAAGGCUGGAGCCCCCGAAGCGGAACUCAUAAUAAAUAAUUUUGUUUUGAAUAAUUCUUUGCAUAGUAUAUGAUAAAGCAACUUUACGUAAGAAAACUGCUGAACUAUUUGGGGUAAAAAAACAGUCUUUGUUUGAGAUACAAUGUGUAGUGCUGGGAUCCUUUAAACUACAAAAUGUGUGAAGUGGUGGGGGUACAAGCGGUCUUACUUGAUAGUACCCCACACAUAACCUGGUCCUCAGUACAACCUGUAACAAGUCGAUUGUUUAAUCAAUAUCAUGUUUUGAUAAAACAGUUGAAGCCGUGGAAUAUAGAUAAGUCACAUUCUGUCUCAAAUACCAGUAUAAUGUGUAUACUGGUCUAAUCAUUCUUCGGGGUCAUAUCGCAAUUUAUAAUAAAAAUAUUAUUCUUGAAUAUGGUUUCUCCAUUUUGGAGGGUUUCAUCAUCUAUGGGACCACUUCAUUCGGAUCAGAAUAGUUACUAUCUAUAUGUUUAUGUCACUUCGUUACCUGUCCACUUUGUCUUUCGGUGAUUUCUCAAAUUUAUCCAUUGUAAUUAUUUUUCUUAAAUAUAUCCAUUUUAAAUUUUAACUGUUAGUCAUACAUCCCUACACGUCUUAAAUGAAUUACAGUUUGAAUAUGUAUACAUAUUUUUUUAAUGUGGAUAAAUGGAUUAUCUAAAUUUCCACAUUGAUUGUCAUAAUAUUAUUUGAAAUCACCUUUGUAAAGUACUGUAUGAUAUAAUUAUAUAUUACAGUGUGUAUGAAUAUCAUUUUCUUUGCUUUUUGAUAUACAUAAAUUGUAGAAAAACCUUAAAUGGGUCCGAUGUUUAAUAGAAUGAAUGGGAAUGUCAUACAUAUAACUAUGAAAUCGGAUUUUUCCAUGGAGUCCCAAUUAUGUGGGUUUUCCCCGACAAAACACCAUUUCGUGGUUAACAAGUUCAAUGUACCCACUCAAAAGGAGAAUAGAUUGAUAUCAAACUUGUAACUAUUUCGUGAAUCUAUGAAUUCAAAGAUGAAAAUUUCCAAGGAAAUCGACGAAUUUAAAAAACCUACCUACCAAAAAUAGUGAUUUCCCAGUAUGUAUUCAUUAGGUAGCUCAUAGAAAAGAUAUGUACAGUCAUUGUAUCGACUAGACUGACUUUAUGUCAUUGUCGCGUUUUUCAGUCGCUUACAAAAUGACAUCGCUAUUUUCAAGUUUCAUCAUAUAUAUUUUCAUCAAAUUAUUCAACAUAUGCGCGAUGGUUUCGUCAGAAAUUUUAAGUACUUGUAUUAAAUAGUUCACCAUGACCUUAGAUAACAACUGCAUCAUUAUAAUGUUUUAUACAGAAAUAUGUAGUUAUCUUCUUUAAAGAGCAAAACAAAAAAAAUAAUUGAUAAGAUCUAAAACAUUGUAUUAAACAUUUGUCGUUUCUUUUAUCUUACAUUUUCUAACCUAGUAACUUAUCCGAAAAUAAUACACUUCUUUACAAGUAAUCAAUUAAAACAUGAAAUCGAGUAUAUUAUCACACACAAACACACCUGUAUAUAACUACAACCUGAUAAUGCAAACCGUUUGAUAUAACUUAAUCAUAACUUGAUAUCAAUCUAUACACGUCUACGGUAUUCAUACAUGAAGUAAAAUAGAAAAUAAUAAAACGAAAGCGCCAUUAAAAAAAGGAAACAUCGAACUUCAAAGUAGUUAAUUAUGUAAGGUCUGUACACGCAUCGCCCAGUGAGAUGAGGUAAGGUCGUUUCUGUAUCAUAUAACGUACUACCUGUGAAAUUCAUCAGUAGCACCGUUCAGGUAAAAGGCUGUAAUAUUGAAAUGAUUUUAAUAGAAACGGGGGUGUUAUGAUGAUACUUAAAAGUGACAAAUUUAAUCUUAAAUCUUUUAAACCAUAUUUAUUGUUGUUGUGGAAAUGGUUUGCCGCGUUUAAACGCCUAACUUUCCGCAAAGCUCUUUUUGAUUACUGCAUGAUAGUUACAUAUGUAUAUAAAGUGUAUUAUUUUUUAUUUGCGCCAUACAUACACAUUUAAACAUUAUAAUGUAUACUGUAACUCUGCGCCAAUUAUGUUACAUAUGUUAUUCAACGUUGUGCCAUAAAUAUUCGUCAAGAUAUAUUGUAUUAUUAGACUUGAGUCAAAUGUGUAGCCAAUAGUGUAUGGUAUUACUCGCGAAGGACGUAUUAUUGAGCAACCUGUUUACCAGUUAUUCAGGUAAGGUAUAAGGGCCGUAUGUACAUGACAUUGUUUAUGAUGAGUGACAUAUGUAAAUGAGGGAUAUUUACAUAGAGAUGGGGACUGUGUAAUAUUGUUUUGUUCUAGAUAUCAACGUUAAGCCUUGUGUCAAAGUUGUCAUAUAUAUCUACAUAUGCUAUAAAAGUGCUGUUUUGUAUUCAUACAGCCAGAAGAGAUUGUAUACUGUGUCUGUACUUGUAUGGACUACCCUGUGUGUUGUUGUGUAUAUGUUAUGUACUUGCAAUUCGUGUAACGCGCUGUGCACAGUAUGCUGGUGUUCCGUUGAUCUGUGUGCCUCUAUAUCCCGUUUGACAGGAACCGUCCAUGUAUCUGAUUGUGUAAACAAUAAAAUCGAUGUUGUGCUA